AUGUCCAGAGAUAGGGAAGGAUUUGGCGAGUACUACGAGAUCCUGAAGAAGAUCAAGAAAGAUCCAACCUUCGAAACAACGACGGAUCAUGCCGUGAUGGGGAUCAGGAGACACGUGGCGGUGCCUCCAGGGACGACGUUGAACACCGUGACUCCAUGCGCCGCUUGUAAGCUCCUCCGCCGUCGUUGUGCGGAGGAGUGUCCUUUCUCACCGUACUUUUCGCCGCAUGAACCCCACAAGUUCGCCGCCGUUCAUAAAGUCUUCGGCGCCAGUAACGUCUCCAAGAUGCUUCUGGAAGUGGGUGAGAGCCAAAGAGGAGACGCAGCAAACAGUUUAGUAUACGAAGCAAACUUAAGACUAAGAGAUCCAAUCUACGGUUGCAUGGGCGCAAUCUCCGCUCUUCAACACCACAUUCAGUCUCUACAAUCCGAACUCACCACCGUCCGUACAGAUAUCCUCCGCCACAAAUACCGAGAAGCCGCCACAAUCACUUCCCUUCAAAACAACUUCAACAAUAUUACUACAACAACAUCAGUGUCCGAUCAUGCUCUCGCGGCGGCAAUUCUACUCCGACCACCACCGCCGCCGCCGCCACCUCCACCACGACCACCAAGGCUAUUGUUGUCUCAGCCGGCUCCACCGCCUACCCCACCGGCUUCGCUGCCGUCUCCUUCGAUGGUGGUGUCGUCAUCAUCGUCUUCUAAUUCAUCUGCUACCAAUUCUAUGUAUAAUCCUCCUCCGUCUUCCGCGGCGGCUGGAUACAGUAAUUCUCUGUCCAGUGAUAAUAAUGUUCAUUACUUCGAUUAA